UUCUGUUAUCGACUUUUCAGGCUGUUUGUAGUUUUAUGUCGUCUGCGGAGUUUCACUUUUGAACGAGUAUAUCGAGGAAAUCCCGGAAACGCUAAAUAAAAAGUGCUCUACGUGGAUUUGCGGCACUUUGUGGGAUGGCCACUGCGCCUAUGUCCUCACUUCAUAUGAGAUCGACAGAUCUCAUCAUUAAAGAGCCUCUGGACUACGGAGGAUUUGGGGAAGUUUACCUGUGCUACCAUGUAACUCUGGGUCAGGUGGUGUUGAAGACCAUGUAUACAGGCCCUCUUCGAAACGAGGAGAAUAAAAGGUCUCUGCUGGAGGAGGGGAACAUCAUGGCGAGCCUGAACCAUGAGCGAGUGGUCAAGUUGCUGGGUGUGAUUAUGGAGGAUAGAGACUACUCUCUGGUCAUGGAACUCAUCCCCAGAGGCAACCUGUUGGUUAUGCUAGAAACGGUCGAUGUGCCGGUAUCCAUCAAGGGAAGAAUCAUCUUAGAGAUUUUGGAAGGGAUGGUGUACCUCACAGAAAAACGUGUUCUCCACAAAGACGUCAAGCCAGAAAACAUUUUGGUGGAUAAGGAUUUUCACAUCAAGAUUGCAGACCUUGGCCUGGCCACUUUCCAGACAUGGAGCAAACUCACAAAAGAGGAGUCUCGCAGAAAAAGUGGAAGGGGCCGAUCAGCUGGGGUGAGAGGGGCCGGCACACUAAGCUACAUGGCUCCGGAGCACCUCGAGAGCAUCCAUACACCCUCCACUGAGAAGUCUGACGUGUACAGUUUUGCGAUCGUGGUUUGGGUCAUUCUCACUCGAGAAGAGCCAUAUGCAAAUGCCAGGAAUGAAGACCAGAUCAGCCAGUGUGUUCGAAAAGGCGACCGACCAGCAGAAGACCUCAUCCCAGAGGACACGCCUGCAGAGAUGAUUGAGCUCAUGAAGAGAUGCUGGCAUCACAGUCCUGAGCAGCGACCAACAUUCGAAGAGGCCUACAACACCUUCUAUCCUUUCUACAUGGAAACUCUUGAACAACAUGUAGAGGAAGACUUACAUAAUCUGAGGAUGGAUUACGAAGGCCCAGAGGAACUUAUUGAGAAAAUGAAAUCUUUAUCAAUGAGCCAUGAAUGUUUUCCACCAAGUGAGCAUGAUUCUCCAGCUCCUCUGGUGAGUUCAGACAGAAGUGUUUCAGAGCCAGUUGAAGCCAGUAUUGAAGACCUGCAUGACAUCCCCUAUGAACCAUCUGUGGAGUCUAUUCAGACAGAUGCAAGGGCUACUAAUGCCCCUUCAGCUUUGGAGGAAAAACUGGAUCGGGAGUUAAACUACCACAAACAUGGGAGCUAUAAUUGUGAGCACCAGCCUUAUGAAGCCAACUCCUUCAACAACUACUCAAAUCCUUCCCUGCAAAACCACAUGAGCACCUCAGAUCACGCAUUAAGGCAACCAGAACAAGACAGAUCGUCUGUCCAUUCUUGGACAAAAGGCGGGCCAGUGCAGCCCACCAGCCAGGAGGAGGCUUUGCAUCGCCCCACCACUGCAGGUCUUUAUGACUCCAUGAACUCUUCCACACCUACACCGUCCAACUCGUCAAUGUAUGCCAGCACAUUGUCUCUGCCACCGUUGAACCAGCAACAUCCACAUUCCCACUAUGACCGCCAACAGUCCUGGCCAGCUUACCCAGUGUUGGACACAUCUGCCCCUGACGCCACUAUAGGGCGUCUUUUGAACCCUUCAAAGUGUGCCUCGCCUCAGAAUCAAGGAUCUCUUUGCAUUCACAAUGCCAGUGGGAUCCAGAUUGGAAGCAACAACACACUGAGUAUCAGAGGUUAUGACCCUUCCCUUAGUUGUUCAUCGUUAUUUACUACUGGCCCAGCUGUCUCUCCCAUCAAAGAAGGCAUUCUGAAAUACGAUGACUAUGCUGUGACUGAGCAGCACUUGGAUCUGCUGAGGGACAACAUUGGGAGUCAAUGGAAGCGCUGUGCACGGCGCCUGGGUCUGAGCGAAGUGGAAAUACAGACCAUAGAGUUCGAUUACGUCCGUGACGGCCUGCCAGAGAUGGUGCACCAGAUGCUUGAGCGCUGGAAAAUGAAGGAGGGAAGUUUCGGCUGUACGAUCGGGAAGCUCUGUCGUGCUCUAGAGGGAAACAUAAAGGUAGAUAUCAUCCAGAAAAUACUGGACAUCUGCAGUUCGUCUUCUCUCGAGAUGUCAUAAACUUCUGAAGCUCACCAGAUUUGCUUCAUUGACUCUAUAGUAGCUGUCUUCUGAUUUCAAGGCUCCAGGGCUCAAUUUAACCAAAGUUACAAAACAUUUUUUUAAAAAAAAGUUAAACAUUUACUGAAAUUAUUUGGUGUGGUACUUAACAUUAUCUGGGUGUCACUUUUUUUAAGAUCAAAUAUUCCUGUUUUUUUGGUUACAAGCUCAAAUCAAUGACUGCAUGGCUUUUCUAUCAAACUUGCCUUCAUGAGCUCUGACAUUUUUAUUUGCUGGGUUCAGACUCUUCUGAUCAUAGGAUCUAAAAAUCAUUGUAUAUUUUUGUAUUUCCUUUUCGAGCAACAAUCCUCUAUUAGUUCUUAUUCGCAUGGCAGUCACAAAACUAGCAUAAAAUCAUAGCACAAUUUUUACAAAAGUGAUAUUUUUAAUGUAAAGACUGUCAAGUAUUUGUAUUUUAAAAAUUGAAUUCUAUAGUUGUAUUAUGAAGAAGCGGUUGAGUUUGUGCGUAGUUGCUGUAGCGUAAACAGAAUGUUGAGCCUGUACUAAGAGACAAGCAAAUGGUGUGUGGUAAACAUUCUUUCUGCCUCCAGUCACAGACAAGGUAACAUCAAUGAGCCUGAAAGAAGCAGAUAACGUAAUGAAAUACAAAUUGUACAUAAGGAUGAAUCCUUGCCGUGUAACAUUGUGUGCAGUCAGGAGUCAAAGUGCGUUUCCUUGAAUCUCAGUCCUGCUGCAGAUUAUGUGGUGCCAUGAAUGUAUGCAUGAAUCCGUGGUUUUCUGUUUGGUGUGUGGACUUACUGCAAUAAAAUCACAUUAUCAUUAAUCUAA